AUGGUGAUGCGCUCCCAUGGCCUGUCGUCUCUCCACGUGGAGACCGUGAAUUGCGGCGGGAGUCACGGCGGCGUCGGCGGCGAUAACAUCAGCGCGCAUCCUCGCGAGUUCAUCGUCGAGGCGUGGGCCCGCCACGCUGGCAGUUCCCUCCGCCACGUCACCAUCACGCAGCACAAAGCCGUCACCGCCGCCGGAUCUUCCGCCGCGUCUUCCGCUGGCGGCUCCUCCGCCCCCAGCUGCACGGUUUACGCGGGCGGUCCGGACCUGACCUCCCAUCUGCAGCAUCUCGCGUCGCAUUGCCCCAACCUCUCUUCGAUGCGCCUCGGUUCUUUCUCCCUCCCGCCCCAUUUCCUCCGCGGGAACUCCGCGUUCCUCAAUCUGCGCGCGCUUUCGCUCGAAUGGACCAACCUGGCGGGAUCCACGCUCCAAUCCCUGCUCGACGCGUGUCCCAAUCUCCGCCACCUCUCCAUCUUCAUGGCGGCUGGUCUCACCGCGCAAGCCGCCUCUUAUCCCGCGGGCUACUACGCAGCGCUUCAAGCCGCCGCCGGCGCGCGGGCCGCAGCUGCCGCGGCGGCGGGACACCCCGCGGGGCUAUGCUUGCGCCUGCCUGCGCGAUUGGAGUCUAUCGAGCUCGCGUACCUGCGCGUCCCCGCCGUCACACUUAUCUGCAGCGAGGCUGCGUAUACCGAGGACAAGAGCGUGCGCCGCGCUGGCGGCGGCGAAAUCGGCGGCCUCCGCGAGGUGUCGAUUCGAGACAUGUUUCUCACCGCGCUCUCCCUCCCCAACGCGCGCGCGCUCGAGUCUCUCUCCGUCGCCACCGCCUCCGCGCUGCGCCUCUCCGCGCCCGCUUCCACCGCCCUCGCGUCGCUCGAGCGCGCCUACCUCAGGUUCGGAUGCAGGAGGUUCGGCGGAGGCUCGGGUGACGCUGGGUCGGGUGAUGAACCCGGCUGA